UUUCUAAUUCUUAUUUAAUGUCAGCUAUAUUUAUAAAAAUUUGUCUCUUAAAUAAGCGUAAAUGAAUUCUGCGUAGCAUGCAGGUCCUUGUGGAUUAAAACUAAAUUGCACCAUGGCUCUGAGUUUUAAGUUUGACACAGAACCAAUAAACCAGGUACUUUUCGCAGGAAAUUCUUCUGUGAAGCUAGUGAUACUAAAUAGGCCUCGCAAGUUAAAUGCCCUUAACCUUGAAAUGGUUUCUCAAAUUUUAAAGAAUUUAAGGAUGUAUGAGAAUGAUUCGUCAGUUAAACUUGUAAUAUUGAAGGGAAAUGGAAAAGGAUUUUGUGCCGGAGGUGAUGUAGUAUCACUAAUUUCUUGCUCACUCAUAGGACACUGGACUUACCCUAUGAAAUUUUAUGGUAAACAACUCAUUUUGGACCAUUUGGCAGCAACCUACAAAAAGCCUCUAGUAUCUGUGAUUAAUGGAGUGGUCAUGGGAGGAGGAGCGGGUCUUUCCAUGAACACAACCUUCAGAAUUGUAACUGAAAAAGCUGUAUGCUUCUCUAGCUAAUAAGAUCAAUUUCAGCAAAAAAAUUUGUCAAUAAUAUAACAAGAAUAAAAUCAUGUUUAGCAGUAUUUGAUAUCAUAAACUAGGAGUUAAAUCCUAUUUUAAUUUUUAAAAUUAGCGAAUUACGUUGAUUUAGUUUCUAAUGUUUCAAUUGUUAUAAUUUGAUUUCUA